AUGGUUGAUCAGUUCGACCAUGUAGUUGGAAACAUUAUGUCCUAUAACACACUAUGUUUUUCUGACAAAGAGUUGCCCACCAAAGGCAAGAAGCAUAACAACUCUCUUUACAUAUCCAUGGGAUAUGAAAGAGACUCUCUUUCGCAUGUCUUGGUGGAUAUUGGCUCUUCUUUGAAUGUAAUGCCGAAGAUUACUCUUGGCAAGUUGUCCUAUAUUGGUGAUGAUAUCAAACCGAGUGAGGUCGUUGUGAAGGCCUUUAAUGGUUCUAGGAGGACCGUAAUGGGUGAAAUUGUCUUGCCGAUGAUGGUUGGUCCGCAACAAUUUCAAAUUCUCUUCCAGGUGAUGGAUAUUAAUCCCAGUUACAGUUGUUUGCUUGGGAGACCAUACAUUGACAUAGAAGAGGACGCUAUCAUCACCCAGUUUCAAGGGCUUGAAAUUGAAAAUGAAAUGCGAAUUAAGGAUCUCGAUGAAGAGAAGGUGGGGACUUCUAUGUCAUCUUUGAAAGAUGAACAGCAAGUAGUGGCCAGUGGUCAAAUCUUGGGUUGGGGCAAGAUCGUGCAACUCAAUGAUAACAAAGACCGUACUAGAUUUCUCAAUAAACCAAUUGAACGGAAUGACCAUGUGCCCUCUCUCGACUUUGAGUUCCUAGUGUAUGAAGCAGAGGAAGAAGAGUUUGAAGAGAUCCCAUAUGAAAUUUCCAGAUUGCUAGAGCAAGAGGACAAUACUCUCGAGCCCUACAAAGAGCCGAUGGAAUUGAUCAACUUGGGAACUGAGGAGGAUAUGAAGGAAGUGAGAAGUGGGGCAUUAUUCGAUUCAUAUGUGAAGCACAAGUUAACAAUGUUGCUAAGAGAGUAUGUUGAUGUGUUUGCUUGGUCAUACCAGGACAUGCCAAGGUUAGACACCGAUAUUGUUGAACACAAGCUGUCACUCUGGCCUGAAUGCCCAUCUGUGAAGCAAAAUCUAAGAAGAAAUCAUCUCGACAUGGCUGUCAAAAUCAAAGAAGAAGUACAAAAACAGAUUGAUGCCGGAUUUCUGAUCACGUCUAUAUACCCCCAAUGGAUUGCCAACAUUGUGCCUAUGCCGAAGAAGGAUGGAAAGGCCAGGAUGUGCGUGGAUUAUAGGGACCUAAAUAGAGCCAACCCGAAGGAUGACUUUCCUCUACCUCACAUAGAUAAGUUGGUAGAUAAUACUGUAUAA